GUCACGAGGCCUCGUCCUUACAGAAGAUGCCAUACGAUGAGCGAUACACGGAGUACAUAGAGCCGCUAGGUCUACUUCCAUUCAUCCAUAUGGUGACCCGGCGGACACCGAGCAUGAACCCUUCCGCCAUCACUGCUCUUGUUGAUCGCUGGAGACCGGAGACGCAUAGUUUUCACCUCCGAACCGGUGAGAUGACCGUGACUUUGCAGGACAUGUCGAUGAUACUUGCACUCCCCAUUGAGGGGAAGCCACUAUGUAUCGACACAUCUUGUGAAGACUGGCGUGGCAAGAUGUUUGACCUUAUUGGCAAGGCUCCUGAUGAGAUUGUAAACAAGAGGGGUGAGAAAUUAAGGGUCUCCGCCGGGGCUACUUUCACUUGGAUCUCACAGAACUUCAAGACAUGCCCGGAGGGAGCCAGCCGUGAUGUGAUUAAGCUAUACGCACGUGUGUAUGUGUGGUAUGUUAUCACGAGAACUCUAUUUCCUGACUGCAGUGGGAAUACCGCUCAGUGGCACUGGUUGAAGGCGUUAACCAAAAUGGAGACUAAAUGGAGUUGGGGUUCGGCGGCAUUGGCCUUCUUGUACCGCCAGUUGGACGAAGCUUGUUGCAGGAUCGGUAAGGACGCUUGCAUUGGUGGUCCGUUGCUUCUUCUAUCGAUUUGGAGCUGGGAGCGCUUCCCUGUCGGAAGGCCUCGUGUUCUCGAUUACAAGAAGUACAAUGAUCACGGCAACCAGUUGCGGCGACCCACUUGGGCUUAUCAGUGGGACAUUGUCUCCGAGUUCAGUGGCGACCCAAUAGCGGCCUAUCAGACGUACACCAACGAGUUUGAUAACCUAACACCGGAGCAGGUGGAAUGGGAGCCAUAUGGUCCUCGAUCGCAGCUUGGUAACGCUUCAACAUUCACACUUAACCCGGCUUGCAUGGCGGAAGCUCAUCUUUGGUAUCUGCAUUGUCCCUUGGUAUGCAUGUGGGCCGUUGAGCAUCAUAUGCCACAGCGGGUUAUGAGACAAUUUGGAUUACUUCAGCCUUGCCCUCCUGAAUGGAAGGACACGAGUAUAGUACUUCACGGCUUUGACAGGAGGAGGACCAAGAAGACGGAUUGGCACAACAUUCAUAAGAAGCAUGUGAAGAAAUUCGUCAUGCGAGUGGAGGAACAGAAGAAAGCGAAAGGAAUCCAAUAUGAAGAACAUAGCGAGGAUGCUUUCAACCAGUACCUCCGUUGGUUUCUUGACAACACUCGUGUUCAGAUCCUUCCGGACGCUUAUGGGCAUGAGAUUUUGGAAGAGCCCUUGAUAUUCGACGAUAUUGCCACCCUCAAGUACAACAAGCUUGUUAGGUAAGGGCGCCAAACCUCUUUUGCUCCAAUGCUAAACUUUGUGGUAACAUAUCUUACUUUAUGUUUGUCCUUUCACUAUGGAACUUUUUUGCAUUUCUCUUCGAGAGGUCAUUUGUUUGCAUCACAGCGUACGGAGAUCCAGAAGCAAGCAGUUGAGCAUGAGACCGCUUUGGAGUCGUUUCCACAUGGUGAGAAGGGCGAGAGUUCAUUUCGAGAAUUUGUGAAGCGCCAGGGCCAGAAGCUACGUCGGUUGUCGAACCUACUUGGUUGCCGUGAUCCUGAGAUUAUGACGCCGUCCCAAUCAAGGUCCGCAUCGCCCUCCGACCAAGAUGAUGCGAACAACUCCAAUUCUACUGCCCGUGACGAGGAGGUUUCCGAUGAGGCCGAAGGUGAACCUGAGGUGGAUGAGGAUGAUGAGGAAGUGCCAUUGGGCAAGAAUGUGAAGAAUAAACGGUCCGCGUACAAGUUGAAGCCUAGAAAGGAACGGCAAGAUAGGUACACACCGGACGCAUACGCCAAGGCUCCGGCCGCAAGGAAGGCCAGGAAGAAAGCCGUCAUCGAGUCUGAUGAAGAAGAGCACAUGGAGCCACGUCAGAAGAUUCCGCCUAGGAGGGGAGGCAAGACCAAGCGUGCAAGAAAUUAGAUGUUCUUUGUUGGUAUGCACGAAUAUGGCCG